GUUUGCAAUUGUCUAUAAAGGUACGGCGUCUCGCCUCUUUUUGUUGAAGUUCUCUCUCUAUCGCUCAACACAAGUACUCAACUCAAACUUCCCAACAUGCAGCUCACCACCAUCUUCCUCACCACCGCCCUGUCCUUUGCAGUCAGCACCUACGCUUGGGCUCAGGCUGCUGACGGAACCUGGGUGGCAAACAACCGCUGGUACAAGCUCUCAUGUCUGGUUUUAACCCAGGUUCACGAAGCAUGCACCUGGAGGAACACGAACAACGUGCACAAUGAGGGCGACUUCUGUGCCUACUG